AUGAACGUCAACCUAGAAACACCGACUGAUACCGGGACCGAUGCCGAUGCCGAUAAGAAGUGCUAUCACAAGGAUCCCCCGUUCACAAUGACACAGCGUCCCCUUCAUCAUGACUUUGCCAGGUCCACCCAGCCCCUCGUGUAG